AUGAGUAAAGUUUUAGAUGAUUCCGCGGAUAACUCCAGCAACGAAAACGUAAAACACAAAGGCCUGGUACUAGAAGAACGUUUACAUAAACUUGAAAAACCGAAAUCGAAAUGCAGCAAAUGUUACGAGAACAAACUGGCAAAUCUACACAGAGAGAAGAAUUUAGGCGAAUGCACAAUGCAACUUCAAUUAGUUAAACAUAGGGCUCGGGUGGCUAGAGAAACGACAGACGAAAAUCAGAUCGAAUUGAAUAAAGCAUUAGAUAAAUUGGAAUCUAAAUACAAAGAGAUUGUAGCGAACGUACAAUCAACUGCCAUUCAGAGGCGCAUGCAGGAUCAAAUAGCAUUGGAUUCCAUUCUACAAGCGGCCUGUGGGUUCAAAACCGUUUGUCCGAAUGCUAACAGUCAAUUUUCAGGCAAAACCGUACGCAAUCAAAACCGGACCUGCGACACUGAUAAUGUAUCUAUGCAGCUUAGGGAUAAGGUUGAAAAUAAAUCUGUAGAGGCGGACAGCCUCAUCACUGGAUACAGUUUAGACGGAGAAAGAAUGGAAGCAUUGUUUCAAAGGCUGUAUAUUACUCAGGACGGACGAGGAUCAGUGAAAUAG